AUGCCAUCUAAUCACACUAUUAUAGAGCAGAGUUUCAUCUCCAAGGUCCCCAUCCUGACCACUAGCCUCAUUAUGCCUAAAGUAUCCACUAAUUGGAAAUGCUGCACCAUCACAUACUUUGAAGAAAAAUCCAUCCUACAAGCAGACUAG